AAACUAUCGAAGGCCCCAGUGGCCCGUGUCUCACCUCGCAGGGGUCACCCAUUGCCCCCACAGCUCCGCGUGAACGGCGCGCUCGCGUGAACAGCGCGCGUGUCUCUUUAAGAGAGCAGCCCAGCAGAUGAGGAGUGUUGCGGAUCUCGCCGCAGCUUCGCGUGGAGCGCUCCAUUGUAGCCCAGAGUGACCGCAGCGCCGGACCGCAGGAAGCUGUAUGACGCUCUAAACGCUUCUUUUAUGCUCCUUUAGCGGCGGUGGUUGAGUUCUGCGCGUGUGCGGGAGGGUGUGUGGCCAUGCUCGGACGGAGUGAUGCCCCGGAGUUGACGGCUUCUCCGGGUCGCUGCUGCCGCCUCCGCCUGUGACGCUGUCGGGGAGUGACAGCAAAGUUUUCACGCUGGUUCCAAAGGCUCCAAACAAGCCGAACGGACGGUCCGUCAGCGACUUCCCCGCGCGGUGGUGACGCACUGGAGCCGCUGGAUGAUCGGAAGUUUGGUUUGAUUCAGGUUGUGACGCCGGACAGUCCGGACUUGAGGAUUUGAGCCCGGGAUUGUGUGGAGACAUGAACCUGCUCCGGCUGCUUGUGGCCGCCGCGUUCGUCACCAUCACAGCAGGGUCUCGGCCUCGGUUUGAAGACAGCCCUCCCCGGAUUUUGGAGGACCCUUCCGAUUUGGUGGUCUCCAAGGGGGAACCUGCCACCCUCAACUGCAAGGCAGAGGGCAGGCCCCCUCCCAACAUAGAUUGGUACAAAGAUGGCGAGCGCGUGGAGACGGACAGAGAUGAUCCCCGAUCCCAUCGCAUGCUCCUACCCAGCGGCUCCCUCUUCUUCCUGCGCAUCGUACACGGCCGCCGCAGCAAGCCGGACGAAGGCGUUUACACCUGUGUGGCGCGGAACUACCUGGGGGAAGCCAUCAGCCGCAACGCCUCGCUGGAAGUCGCAAUCCUGAGGGAUGACUUUCGGCAGGCGCCCAGCGACUUGGUGGUGGCCGCCGGAGAGCCCGCCAUCUUGGAGUGCAUCCCUCCCCGCGGUCACCCGGAACCCACCGUCUUCUGGAAGCGCAACAACGCCAGAGUCAGCACCAAAGACGAGCGCAUCACUCUGCGUGGUGGGAAACUCAUGAUCACUCACACCAGAAAAAGUGACGCCGGCAUGUACGUGUGUGUGGGCACCAACAUGGUGGGGGAGCGAGACAGUGAUCCUGCCGAACUGGUGGUCUACGAGCGUCCGGUUUUGGUGAGGCGGCCCGUCAACCAGGUCGUCAUGGAGGAGGAGACUGUGGACUUCCUGUGCGAGGUCCACGGUGACCCCGCCCCCACCGUGCGAUGGCGGAGAGAAGACGGCGAGCUCCCUCGCGGGAGGUUUGAGAUCCGCAACGGCAACAGCCUGCGUUUGUUCCGUGUGAAGGAGCAGGAUGAGGGGACGUACACCUGCACGUCUGAGAACAGCGUGGGCAAGACGGAGGCUUCAGCCAUGCUGCAGGUCCACGUGCCGCCUCAGAUUGCCACCAAGCCGCGGGACCAGAUUGCCACCCAGGGAAGGAGCGUCACCUUCCAGUGCGGCACCACAGGAAACCCUCCGCCUGCCAUCUUCUGGCAGAAAGAGGGCAGCCAGAUGUUGCUGUUUCCCGGGCAACCGCCAUCACAGUCUGGCCGCUACUCCGUCUCCAUGAGUGGCGAGCUCACCAUCGCUGACGUCCACCCCGAGGACUCGGGUUUCUACAUCUGCCAGGCCAUCAGUGUGGCCGGCAGCGUGCUGACCAAGGCGCUGCUGGAGGUGGAGGGAGGUCCUUCAGGCAGGAUUCCACCCAUCAUUCGUCAGGGCCCAGCCAACCAGACGGUAUCUGCGGGUACAACGGUGCAGCUGCACUGCCGUGUAAUCGGCGGACCCUCCAUCAGGAUUUCCUGGGAGAAGGACGGAGAGAGAGUCCAGGAAAACAGGCCUCGCCUGACCUUGGUGGAGAACGGCACUUUAGAAAUCAAAGAUGUGACGGACUCCGACUCCGGCAUGUACACGUGCGUUGUUUCCAGCGCCACAGGGGAGUCGAGCUGGAGUGGGCUGCUGACUGUCAGAGAGGACGGAUACUCUUCAAUAUCCAGAGUUUCUGAGUUUAUCCAGCUCCCAGGACCUCCACAGAAGCCGGUCGUGACCGAGGUGACCAAAAACACGGUCACACUCACCUGGCAGUCCAAUCCACAUGAGGGCGGAGCCGCUGUGACGUCUUACAUCAUCGAGGCCUUCAGCCAGUCGGUGGGCAGCACCUGGCAGACAGUGGCCGACCAGGUCCGACACGAGAAGCACACGGUGCUGGGGCUCUACCCCAACACUGUGUACCUCUUCAUCGUCCGGGCGGUCAACUCGUACGGCCUCAGCGACCCCAGCCCCAUCUCCGAGCCGGUCAGGACUCAGGACGGCAGUCCGACCGAGCAGGGCCUGGACCACAGGCAGGUGCAGAGAGAUUUAGGAGAGGUGUCCGUCUACAUGCAGAAGCCCGUGGUGCUGUCUCCAUCCAGCGCCAGGAUUUCUUGGACGGUCGCCCGUCAGUCGCGCUACAUCCAAGGCUACCGCGUGUUUUACCGGACGAUCGGAAACUCCUGGUUGGUCAAGGACGUGGAGGCGACGUCGGACCACACCACCGUCCUCUCGGAUCUCCUCAGCCACACGGAGUAUGAGGUCAAAAUACGACCUUACUUCAACGAGCUGCAAGGUCACGACAGCCUCAUGGUUCUGCUGCACACUCCUGAAGAAGCGCUCAGCUCGGCGCCGCAGGCCGUGUCGGUGGUGCAGCUCACCAACACCUCCAGCAUCAGCGUCUCAUGGGAGCCACCGCAGCAGAAUGUCCAGCACGGCGCCGUCCAGGAGUAUAAGGUCUGGUGUGUGGGCAGCGAUGUGCAUCAGGAGACGCAGAUAAACCGGACGGUGGACGGGGCGGUUCUGUCCAUCCUGCUGACGGGCCUCCUGCCGGACGUCCGCUACACCGUCACCGUGGCGGCUGUCACCGGCCUCGGAGUGGGAGCCCAGAGCUCGGCCGUCAGCUUCCGACUGGCUCAGCCGGCGUCGACCACCCCGGUGAAGAAAAGCAGCGACCUCAGCAUCUCGGAGCAGAUCACCAGCGUGGUCCGGCAGCCGGCCUUCUUAGCCGGGCUGGGCGUGGCCGCCUGGCUGGCUCUGGUGGGCUUCAGCGGCUGGUUCUACUGUCGCCACCGCCGGAGGAAGCAGCUGGGUCACUACACCACUUCCUUCGCCUACACACCAGCCGCUGGCUUUGCUCACAACGAAGGAUCUGGGAUCAUCAACGGAGGACCCGGCAUGCUGGGCUCCAACAUGGGCACCUACCCCUGGCUGGCUGACUCCUGGCCCACACCCAACCUCACGCUCACCAGCAAGGAGUCGGUCAACUGCUGCUCAGGCAAACUGGACGCCGAGAGAUUCUACAACACUAUCAGCAUCUCCAACUUCCCGAGCCACUCGGAGAAACGCAGCACGGCGUCCAACGACAGCCCCAUCUACAGCACCAUCAACACGGCGGCGGACGAGGAGCUGCUGGCCUACUACGACACCUACACCAGCGCCAGCUACAAGCAAGGCCCGGACCCUUACAGCAGCAACCCGGUCCUGUCCAACAAGGCGCUGGAGCAGGAGCUGGAGCAGUGGACGCUUCAGUCGGCAAAGUCCGGCUCGGAAUACGCCAAACUCCAGUAUAACAAGAAAAGCAAUGAUAAACUGGUGAGGCAGAAGUCCACCGGCUCCUCGCCUAAGUUGCCGCCACUCACAUGGGUGGACGUCUUGUCACUUCCUCUUCCUGCAAGCAAACAGCCGAGCAGUGAGAGCAGAGAGGAACAGCGCAGCUCGGAGGAAGAAGAAGACUGGUGUCCACCGCUUCCAGCUCGGACUUACCUCCUGGACGCGUCCAGGGAGGAGCUAUCCAGCCUGACCUCCAAACCAGAUGAGCUGUCGUACACCUCAGGGCUAGCGUCGUCCCCUCGGCGGGAGGCUGCGGAGCCCGGCGGCAGUCCGCGCCUGCAGCACCACGUCUCCCAGUCCAACCCUGAUCUGUUUACCACCAAGGCCAGCGGCGGUGAGAUGUACCACAGCAGCCAGUGGGCGGACACCUUCAAGGCGGACAGUCUCGGCAAAGGACAAUCUCCUGGGUGCGCAGUAGAACUGAGUCCUGGAGCAUCCGCCAACAGAUCCAGGGCUAAGAAGAAGAGCAUGAAGGAAGGUCCGGCCAGGCGAGAGCUGCUCGGCCAAGCAGAACUCCCCCCUCCUCCGGCGCCGCCACCUGCCGACAACUCCCUGCAGCUCCUGGCUGACAUUUUAAGCCGCAACCGAACCGACGGUGAAAAGAAAGAGGGGAGCGGCUCGCCCUCGGUUCCCAGGAAGGGGGAACACUUUUCCCCGCACAGACGAGGACCGGCCAAGUGGUCAUCACAGGAUGAGACUUUAAUCCAGCACGGUCAGUCAACCCUCCAGCAGAAGACACAGAUGUCAGGCUACGGAUCCCUGGGUGGAGGAGUCUUCCCCAGAGCCUCCGCUGCUCCCAAGAGCAGAGACCAGAACCUCAUCUGACGCCCGUCCUCUUCCUCCCUGGCUUCCUCGUCCAGUCUGUUCCCAUGGCUCUGAUCAAAAAACUGAAAGGAAAAAAAAAAUCAUCACAGCUUGCCAUCUGCCUUUUCCUAAACUCUUCGUGUCCAAGACGUCCAGAGUGGACACAGGAUCUGAGCUGUUCCAUGGAGUCUCAAGUCCAGGCUGAUCCUUGCACGUAACAUGUGCGCGUACGAUCACGUUACGCUGCUUAGUAACGCCUGUGUCACAUGAAAACCAUUUGAUCUUAAUGUUGGAACCGUGUUGCGGAUGUCUCGAGAGGACUUGUUAAUGAUGAAGAAGACUUUUUCCCUCCAUCUGUUAAGAAACUGCGACCCAUGAACUUGAUACCAGGCCAGACUCCAGACCGUGGUUUCCGUUUGUGGUUCCAUUAAAGGCAGCCAAAGAUCAAGCGCAUGGUUACGACGCUCACCUCCGCCGUCCGCUCACUCCCACAGUGAUAUUGUCCCGCAGUCAGUCUUCAGAUUAAAUGGUGAACACGUGUGACUCGGAUUUUGUUUCUCUCUGUUUAUGAUGUUACAGUGUUGAUCGAGCUCUACGUGGGAAACGACAUUCGAUUUAUGUUUGUUUUCUUCAACAGUGGAAUUGGAGUGUUGGUGCAAGGCUACACAAUAAACGCUAUGUGACUUCA